AUGGCUGAGGGUAAAAGCGAACCCCAGCAGGGGAUUGAGACAGCCCCUUACGAGGACGCUACAGUGCCUGGCGAGGGGAUUGAGGUAGUACAAAAGCAUCACCCAAAAAUUGACAUGGGGGAGUAUCAGAACAAGCAAGACAUCUCGCAUGUUGAAAAGAUUCUUUCGGGCGAUGACCUCGCAAAGGAUAACAUUGACAUCACCCGUGUGGACAAGGAAAUCCAAGCAUAUGCCGCCCACAGUCAGGUGGAAAUAGACGAUGAGACUAAUAAGCGCCUCAAGCGUCUAAUUGAUCGUCGUGUUCUCGUUAUCAUGAUUUGCACAUAUUUCCUACAGGCUUUGGACAAGGGAACAAUGUCGUUCUCGGCCAUUAUGGGAAUCCGAACGGACACAAAUCUGGAGGAUGGGCAGAAGUACUCCUGGUUGACUACGUGUAUUUAUAUCGCUGUGCUCAUCGUCGAAUACCCCACGAACUGGAUCAUUCAAAGAGUUCCAAUCGGCAAGUACUUGGGCAUCAAUAUCUGUCUAUGGGGUAUGAUUCUGGCACUCCAUUCGGUUUGCAAGAACUUCACUGGGCUGGUGAUCGUUCGUACCCUCCUGGGUAUAUUUGAGGCUUGUUGUCAGCCCAUUUUCGUGACUCUUUCCUCGAUGUGGUAUAAGCGAGAGGAACAAGCGGCCACGGUAACAUAUUGGUACAUGAUGAACGGAGCACAGCAGAUUGUCGGUGGCUUGUUGGCGUACUGUUUCAGUCUUAUUGUAGGAGACACAGUGCUUAAGUCUUGGCAAGCACUCUUUUUGACAUAUGGAUGUGUCUCCGUUGUAUGGGGGCUCUUCGUCAUAUGGUGGAUGCCUGACUCCCCGAUGCGAGCGAAGUGCUUCAGCGAGGAGGACAAGCGUCUUAUGGUUGAACGUCUUCGUUCUAAUCAGACUGGUAUUCAGAACAGACAGUUCCACUCAUACCAAAUGUGGGAGGCGUUUCGCGAUCCUCAGAUGUGGUGCUAUUGUGCUGUUCAAAUGUUCACCACUCUCCCUACCAGUGGUCUAGGCGCAUUCUUCGGCAUCGUUAUCAAGGGCUUCCACUUCACUACAUUGGAAACUCAGCUGCUCGCCAUGGUGCUUGGCGCUUACAUUAUCAUCGUUCUGUUGUCGUCUGCAUGGCUUGUGACCAAGUAUAAACAGAACACCCUCGUGAUGUUGUGCUUCAUCAUUCCGUCUUUCAUUGGAACAAUUGUGCUUAUGACGGUCGAAAACACGACUUUGCCCACCAAGGUGGGCCUUCUUAUCAGCUACUAUAUCACGAUGUCAUUCUGGUCCGCCCAAACUCUCACGCUAUCUAUGGUGUCGCGAAACAUUGCUGGCCAAACCAAGAAGUCCACUGUGGUAGCUGCAACAUUCGUCUCAUGGGCUGCUGGUAACGCAAUUGGUCCUCAGGUGUUCCUCGACAAAGAUCAGCCACGGUAUCACAUUGCCUGGAGUGUUCAUCUCGCUUGCUAUGCCUGUAUGGUCUCCGCCGUCAUCUUCCUCCGCUUUCAUCUCAAGCGCGAGAAUGCCAAGAAGGAUAAGCUGGUGGCUGAGGCAGGCCUCACUGCAGCCGAUCCAAACCUCGUUCAUGCAUUCGAAGACAAGACAGACCGGGAGAACCUGAACUUCCGCUACGUUUACUAG